ACAGGUCCAACAGUUUCGUCCUGAAAUAAGAGACUCUCCACAAGUGAAGUUUGCCAUUAUGGUUUUUUCGGCCAUAAACAGCAACAACUAUGUUCGCUUCUUUCGUCUGGUAAAAGAAGCGACGUACUUGAAUACUUGCAUUCUGCAUCGAUAUUUUUAUCAAGUUCGAACCAGAGCUGCUCAUGCCCUUCUGAAGGCUUAUUGUCUGCCAAAUCAUACAGAAGAGUUCCCUGUUAAAGAGAUGAAACGUCUCUUAGCCUUCGAGAGUGAAGAAGAGGUUAAAAACUUCUGCAACUGUUUGGGUCUGACUACGAGUAAUGAAUUUGUCACUCUUGACAGAAGCUCUUUUAUUAUUCCAGUGACAACACCUUCUAUUACUCGAGCUAUACAACUGGUGGAAAGUAAACGAACAACGUCUGUUGGAGAGGUUGGUUCAGAAUUGGAACUUUGUUUACAGGCUCUCUUAGAAGAAUUUAGUCCCCAGUUCUUGAAAUAUAAGAGACCCAGUAAUAGCAUGUCAGACUGUGAUCUGAGGUUCCAUGAGGACUCCAAUAGUGGUCAAGUUCAUGCUCUGUUGAUAUCAUUAGAGGACUCCAAUAGUGGUCAAGUUCAUGCUAACGAUAUCAACAGAGAAGGACUUCAAGAGUGGUCAAGUUCAUGCUCUGUUGAUAUCAUUAGAGGACUUCAAGAGUGGUCAAGUUCAUGUUUUGUUGAUAUCAUUAGAGGACUCCAAUAG